CGGCGCUGGUCGCGCCUGCGCUUUGGCUCUUGGAAGGCGGUGCUCUGGGAAGCCGGACAACGCGGCAGCCGGUCUUCAAAGCCGAGCGGGGAGUUUUCGCUACCGUUGUCGCCGCCAUGAGUCGCAGCUAUAAUGAUGAGCUGCAGUUCUUGGAAAAGAUCAGUAAAAACUGCUGGAGGAUCAAGAAGGGCUUCGUGCCCAACAUGCAGGUUGAAGGCGUUUUCUACGUGAAUGAUGCUCUGGAGAAAUUGAUGUUUGAGGAAUUAAGGAAUGCCUGUCGAGGUGGUGGUGUUGGUGGCUUCCUGCCAGCCAUGAAACAGAUCGGCAACGUGGCAGCCCUGCCUGGAAUUGUUCAUGCGAACCCAGGAGGUGGAGCUUCCAGUGAGACGAGUUCGCGCCACUGCACUCCAGCCUGGGUGACAAGGCGAGACUCCCUCUCAGAAAAAAAAGAAAAAAGAAUGGGUAUCUUUAUAGCCCUAUAUCAGUGGCAAGAAACUACAGGUAACAAUGCCUUACCAGCUGGUUUUGCUAUAAGUUUUCUCUAUUUUGUAGGUGGUGUCGGGUUUGACAUCAACUGUGGUGUCCGCUUGCUAAGAACCAAUUUAGAUGAAAGUGAUGUCCAGCCUGUGAAGGAGCAACUUGCCCAAGCUAUGUUUGACCACAUUCCUGUUGGGGUGGGAUCAAAAGGUGUCAUCCCAAUGAAUGCCAAAGACUUAGAGGAGGCCUUGGAGAUGGGGGUGGACUGGUCCUUAAGAGAAGGGUAUGCCUGGGCUGAAGACAAGGAGCACUGCGAGGAGUACGGAAGGAUGCUGCAAGCUGACCCCAACAAGGUUUCUGCAAGAGCUAAGAAAAGAGGCCUUCCUCAGUUGGGGACCCUGGGAGCAGGCAACCAUUAUGCAGAAAUCCAGGUUGUGGAUGAGAUUUUCAAUGAGUACGCUGCUAAAAAAAUGGGCAUCGACCAUAAGGGACAGGUGUGUGUGAUGAUCCACAGUGGAAGCAGAGGCUUGGGCCACCAAGUAGCCACAGAUGCACUGGUAGCUAUGGAGAAGGCCAUGAAGAGAGACAAGAUUAUAGUCAAUGAUCGGCAGUUGGCUUGUGCUCGGAUCGCUUCGCCAGAAGGUCAGGACUACCUGAAGGGAAUGGCAGCGGCUGGGAACUAUGCCUGGGUCAACCGGUCUUCCAUGACCUUCUUAACCCGUCAGGCUUUUGCCAAGGUCUUCAACACAACCCCUGAUGACUUGGACCUGCACGUGAUCUAUGAUGUUUCUCACAACAUUGCCAAAGUUGAGCAGCAUGUAGUGGAUGGGAAGGAGCGGACACUGUUAGUACACAGGAAGGGAUCCACCCGCGCUUUCCCUCCUCACCAUCCCCUCAUUGCUGUUGAUUACCAACUCACUGGACAACCAGUGCUCAUUGGUGGCACCAUGGGAACCUGUAGUUACGUUCUUACUGGCACUGAACAGGGCAUGACUGAGACCUUUGGAACAACCUGUCAUGGAGCGGGCCGUGCAUUGUCCCGAGCAAAAUCUCGACGUAAUUUAGAUUUCCAGGAUGUUUUAGACAAAUUGGCAGAUAUGGGAAUUGCAAUCCGUGUUGCCUCACCCAAACUGGUUAUGGAAGAGGCUCCUGAGUCCUAUAAGAAUGUGACAGAUGUGGUGAAUACCUGCCAUGAUGCUGGAAUCAGCAAGAAAGCCAUUAAACUGAGACCAAUUGCUGUGAUCAAAGGAUAGAACCUUGGACAGCAGGGCUGCCAGACACCACCAGCCCUCUGAAGUGGAAGUGGACUGACGUGCUCUUCUGACAUCAGACUCAAGGCGGGACAAGUUCCAAAGUGCGCAGCUGUAACUGCUCGUGCCAAAAUGGCUGAUGCGGAGGCUGCUGCUUUCAGGGGCCCGUGCUUAUAAAAUAACCUUCCAGGAAGAGGCACAUUGGCCACCUUUGGAAAGGGAGGAAUAUGCCUUCUCCUUGGUUGUUCCACAGAGUUUUAGGAAAAUCUGUUAGGCAUGGGUAGGUGUCAAACUGCCUUAGGCAGUCAUACAGAUCUUUAGCCAUCAGAUUGAACUUCUUUACACCAAGUUCUGUUUACAUUCCGAGAGGUGUCAUGAAGAAAGUUCUAUUAAAUAAGGUUUUGGAAUGUUUC